AAAAAAUAAAAACUAAAAAAAUAUCCAAAAUCUCGAGUCAUCUAAUUUUAAUCAUUUGAUGAAAAUGUCCAGAAGGACGAAACAAAACAAAAGACAUGCUGAGAAUAAGAAAAACGCCGCAUACACCCCUGGGACCCUCCACGCCACGUGGCGGCCUGUGUACCGCCAUUUUACCUAAGCCCAUUAUCUCUCUCCUCUCAUCAGCCAUUCAUAUAUACAAAUCUCCCCUUCAAUCUUUUCAUUUUCUAUCGAAAGCAAAAGCAAAAGAAUUUCACUGCAAAUUUUCAUCUCCAAUCUCACGCCCCUUUUACGUGCUGAACUUCUCCUUCUCGUUCAUGUUUAUUCUUUUUUCAAAUAAUUAUUUUGAUUAUUUGUUUUCUGCAAAAUUCAGCGGAUUUAAUCUGCCAACUUUCCCGAGUUUGCAGCUGCGUUUGAUUGAGAAAACAAAAAUUCAGCUUUUCUUUUGGUCCAUUUUUUUUUUCUGGUUUUUGCAAGUUUAUAAAUUCUAUUGAGACACCCAGAUCGAAAUUCAACGAGAAUUGCGUUUUUUUGUACCUCGCAAUUCCAUAAAGACGGAGUCUUUUUCGGGUCUGAAUUUUUACCAACAAAAGAACAAACAGGAGAAAUCGAGCCCCAUCAAUGGCGAAUAGAGCAGACGACAUGGCCACCCUAAUGCUGACGUCAGGGGCCAGCGGGAGAGUAAACGCCUUGCUCUCCCUCCGCGUUUUGAGGAGCCUGUGGCGAUUGAUCGGCGCAUUUUUCCUGUUUUUCCUUCUGCCGUUCCGCGGCCGCCCACGGCGAUGCGCGGAGUCGCCGGAGAAAAUUGGAGGCGGCGGGAGGGAGGAGAAGACGGCGGCGACGGGUGGGGGGAAGGUGGUGAGGGUUCCGGCGGCGAUGGUGCCGAGGAGGAGCGUGGUGGACAAGGACGUGGCGACACGGCGGGCACUGGCGAUUAAGAGGGUGGUGGAGGAUAAUAUUAAUAAUAAAAUUAAUAAAAAUGUUGCUAAUGACGGUGAAAAUGGUAGUAAGGAUAAUUUGAGGGACUAUUCACUGUUUGUUACAUCGAGAGGUGAUACUUUGUUCACUCAAUCAUGGACCCCAGCUAAAGUUCAAGUGAGGGGAGUCGUGGUUCUGUUGCAUGGCUUGAAUGAACACAGUGGUAGAUAUAAUGAUUUUGCCAAGAAACUGAAUGCAAAUGGCUUCAAAGUUUAUGGUUUGGAUUGGAUUGGACAUGGUGGAAGUGAUGGGCUGCACGCAUAUGUGCAUUCUCUCGAUUACGCUGUCAGUGAUUUGAAACUUUUUCUCGACAAAGUUGUAGCUGAAAACCCAUCUUUGCCCUGUUUCUGCUUCGGACACUCGACUGGUGGAGCUAUAGUCUUGAAGGCAACUCUUGACCCGAAAGUGCAACAACGUGUGGCCGGGAUUGUAUUAACGUCACCCGCCGUUGCAGUUCAGCCGUCACAUCCAAUUAUUGCUGUUCUUGCCCCGGUUUUCUCUCUACUGCUUCCGAGAUUUCAAUUCCGCGCAGCCAAUAAAGAAGGGACGGUCGUCUCGCGGGACCCACGCGCGCUCGCGGCCAAGUACUCGGACCCGCUCGUUUUCACGGGGUCCAUACGGGUGCGAACGGGGUACGAGAUCCUCCGCAUCACGGCGUACCUGCAGCAGAACCUGUCGCGGGUGAACGUGCCCUUUCUCGUGCUCCACGGCACGGACGAUUCGGUCACCGACCCGUGUGGGUCCCGCAGGCUGUAUGAGGAGGCCUCGUCGGGCGACAAGACGAUCGAGCUUUGUCGGGGACUGUUGCAUGACCUGUUGUUCGAGCCCGAGAAGGAGGAGAUUGGGGACAAAAUUGUUGCAUGGUUCAAGGAUAGGUUGUGAGUCUUGUGAAUUGUGAUUGCUUUUUUUGUUUUGUAUCUUUGGGGGUAAGGUUUUUUAAUGGUUGUUGUUUGGUUGUUUGGUUGUUUGGUUGUUUGGAUUGGGAAUAAGAAUGAAUGGGACAUUUUUAAUGAGAUGUUUUUGUGUAGGUGUGGUUUGGGGGUCAUGGAGUGGGUAUGUCCAUGAUUUGGGUGGCCAACUUCAUGUAAAAUUGGCAUGUUUAAAAAGUUGAAUAAAGAAACAUUGUUCUAUCUCCUUGUGUAUAGUUUCAAUGUGUUAGAGCUUAAAUGAUAGGCUCACAUGUUUUGUAUUUGACAAAAGAUUAUGCUUCGUAUUGCC